AUGAGUGAGCAGAGCGAUGAUGAGGAGUACGGUUCACAGGGGAGUGAGGAAUCCGAGGACAGCGCAGAUCAGGUGCCAAUGGAAACACAGCUAGUUCAACGUACAUUCGACAGCCAACACCGUUCGGUUGUGCGAAUACUCGUCAGAGGUGAUGGAAACAAGAACUCAAUGUGCAGUGGUUGUGUUGCCCACAACAAUGGAGCAGCAUGUUCAGUGCUUACCACCUAUCACAUUUUCAAGCGAUUCAGUCAGGACAAUAUGCAGGUGUCGGUUCUCUUCCAUGGUAUGGAUAAGGAGGUUCCUGCUAAAGUGUUAAUUGCAGAACCCGAUAAGGAUCUUGCUGUUCUUCUUGUCGCUGAGGCUGUGCCCCUCUUUCCUCCUGUCGAGUUCUCCGAUGAGGUCGAUUUAUCUGGGAGAUAUGUUGUUAUGAUGGGAUUCUUUGGCCUUGACUGUCACUCUAUGGUCGUCGAACCAGGCGCAUCAAUUGGCCGUAUAAUGAGUGAACCUUUUAUUUACAAAGGUGUACCCUCCUUCGAGUGCUUCUACGCCAAUCACACGAUAGAGGUUGGCACGUCAGGAGGACCGGUCUUCCUGGAUGAGAAGGUUGUGGGGGUUAAUAUGGAAGCUGACAUUGGGAAGGUCUCUGCUAUCUCCAUGAACACAGUAAAAUGGGUGCUAAAGAGCCGGAUUGCUGGUGACAAUGUUCAGGACCUAACAAUCCCGGCAAUGCUUCAACAAAUUGCAAGCCAAUCCUAG